CAUUGAUUCCUAACCCUAAGUGCUAGUUUACAUCACCAUGGUUAUUGCCCACAAAACAUUGCUAGUUUUGGCGACCACGAUGGUGGUGCUCAUCAUCAUGGCUCGUCCUUCACUCCAGCACACGGUCCACGUCGCCAACAAGUUGCGCGACAAGAUACUGAUAGUGCACUGUCGAUCCAAAGACGACGAUCUCGAGGCCCGCGCGGUGGGCCUCGGGGAGAGCUUCCAGUGGAGCUUCGAGCCGAAUGCGUUCGGCGGGACGCUCUUCUGGUGCGAUCUCGCCGUCGAAGAUAAGCGUCUUACUUUCACGGCGUUCGAACAAAGUGGGCUCGAUCGAAGUGGGCCGUACACCGGACACUGGUAUGUUCGCGGCGACGGGGUUUAUGGGAAGGACAAGAGCACCGACGACGUAUUUUUCAAGGCUGGGUGGAGGCGAGUCUGGCCACGCCGGUGAGCCGCCAUAUGUAUUGUUCGGCAGGGGUAGUAAGUAAAAUUACCUACUUAGUUUAUUUUAUUUGGUUUCACACUUAUAGUCCAUCAAACCGGCCAAUUGACCGAUUAAGUUAUUAGUUAUAUGUUUAAUUUUACAUACACAUAUUUAAUACUUUACAUAACCACUCAAGAAUUAAUCAAGCGAUUCCUCACCUUUUUGGACCAUCAAAUAAAUAAUGUUAAUUAUUGUUCAUAUACUACAUUUGUUUUUUAGAGGGUAAACAACAUAAUAUGAGCAUCUAAUUUAAGUAAAAAAUUGUGCAUUAUACUCGAUGAAAACUUGAAUGGGAAGGAUUUUUUCAGUCUCUCUUAACAGGAAAUUCACAUAAUGUAAUUGACAAAUGUUUUUGUUAUAAACUUCUAAUGACUACAAGAUAAUUUUGUGUAUUUAUAUUAAGGGUUAACUAUGUGUUGAUUGUUAUAUUUACUCAUUAAAUAAAUUAUCAAUCGAUGCAUUAAAAUAAUAUUUUUCUAACACAUUAAUAAUGCUAUGUCGUACUGGUUAACCAAUUAACAAAAUAGAUUCAAUAUUAGUUUUAUUAAUUUGGUUGUUGUAUUAGUUUGGUCGGUUUUGUUAUGAUAUUAAUAAAUAUCUUAUAAUUAAUAUAAUGUAAACUUAUUUGGUGUAUUAAACUAUUAAUUACUAUGAUAACCAUUUGAACAACUUUACUCGGAUAUUAAACAAUGGAGAUUAUAUGACGAUUUAUCUAUGGUUUGAUAGGUGGUAAUGUCAAGAACUCAGCAACCGACUUGCAGUUCGAAGGUAUACGAAGAUAUUAUGGUGAUCCAAUAGUGGUGUGUUCGAAAUUCUCAUGAAAAUGUAAGGGACCGAUUUUGCUAAUGUGCGUUGUAAUGGAAUAGUUUACCAUUUUAUUAAGAGUCGUGGUCAGAAAAAAAAUUUAUCCAAGUGAUUUUAAAUUGUCGGGAAAGGUUGAUGAAUUUUGUACUAUAUUUUUGCACGCAUGCUCAAUGAAAAAUUUAUUUAAUCACUAGAAAAAUCUCAUCGUUUUGGCAUGGGGCGAAGUUUAUCGACGAUCGGAGCCUCGUCGACCCGAAAAAAUGCAUUGUUGGUCUGUUGUGCUUGAUUGGCCGGCCGGGAACGAUUUUGGCAUCGGCGGCAAAAGGGUCCAAAGUCACACUAAGAGUUACCCUCGCAAACGUUUCUCUCGUGUGCCGUAAACGACGACAUCUCCCGUCUCAAAAAUAAGAAGCAAAAGCAGCAGAUCCUAUUUAGUGACUUUUUAGUUUUACAUGAAACCGGACAGUAUAACUCGGGUUGGGAUCGGACCGGGACCGGAUAACAAACAAUCCAAUUCAAUAUUCAGGCUUUGAUUUGAGAUAAAAAAAAAUCGUUUGGGACCGGAUCGAAAACCAGAUAAAGACCGGAUAAGAGA